AUGGGUUUUUAGUCAAACCAUUCUAGUAUAGCUCUUCUUUAAACGAUGGAACAAACUUCAAUUGAAACCCCUCAAAGCACAUUCUGUUGCCAGCUAUGUGGUUUAAGCUCCCCUUUUACUUACUACGGCCAGAAACCACCCAACACCAGAGCCAUUGUGUUGCUGGAGGAAUGUUUCGUAGCUAAAGACCCCUUCAGUCCAGAAAAGGAGAAGUUUCUGGUGUUGGGAUCCACAUGCAGCCUGUGCAACAUCUGUGUCUGUGUUGGACCGGACUGCAGCCUUUUCUACACCAAGAGGUUUUGCAUGAAGUGUGUAAACAGGCACCUGGACCACUUUCCUCAGCAGAUCCAGGCUGAACUGGCUAAGAAGAAACAGAGUUCUAAUCCAAGUGUCUCAUGACAAACAAGGUCCUCAAAAAAAAUAAAUAAAUACAUAAAUAGUCGUGAGUGGAACAAAAUGUUCAGUCCUAGAGGAACUGAAGCUGAAUGCAUUCGUUAAAGGACACUAAUCUAGGUUGCUGCGGUAUUCUGCUCCUUGAUAUUUGUUUAUUGUGAAGAUAUUCAGGGCUGGGUAGUGUGAUAACACCUUCAGUGCUGUUGCUACCAUGAAAAUGCUUCAUGCAGCUGGUUCAUAUGUUUGGGACCAAGUAGCUGGAAAAAAACAGAUUUUCUACCUUUUUAAAUAAUUCACACCCUUUAAACUUUUUCACAUCUAAUCUAGACAAAAAACCCCUGAUUAAUUCAAAUUUAGAUUCUGUUUGAUAAAUUAAAACUAAACACAUUAUUGCGUCAUAAAACGAUGCGUUUUCUUUUGAAAUUAAUGAUGGAAAGGUGAAACAUGCUUUUGUAUUUCAGCCCACUUUAAGCUGAUACCUCAAAAUAAAAUUCCAGUCCAACAGGCACCUUUAGAGAUCACCUAGCUGGCAAGUGCUCCUACAAAGAUACCCCUUGUACAUUUUACCCAGAAUGCAUCCUGCUGUCGGGAUGCAUCGCUAGUGAUAGAGAAUUUAUAAGAAUGUGGAAAAAAUACAAAGUUCUUUUACACCAAUUGUUGCUUUUUAGUGUCUUUCCUGUUGCUUUAACCUCCUAACAGCAAUAUUUUCCGGCUGUGAUGCCUUUUGAGACCCUUAUCGAACACCCUCCCACCUUUUUGCUUACUUUUCCACCCAACCGAAGCAAUCAAAGGUCUGUUUCCCGUCCGAAUCUCGCUCGGCAUGAGGCCGCGCACAGUUUACGGCAGCACAAACACAUUAUGGAUUAAGUGCGAUCCUACCCGAUAACAUCUAUAUAACAGAUGGCCCCAGCUGCCUUUAUCACGAGAUGUUUUGAGCCUCGGCGAGGGUUAAUUAAAACAGCAUGGCCUCGAAGGCAGGCUUAACUCCCUCUUCUUUUUUUUCAUUGCUGGCAAUAAGCCGCAGAGGAAUCCAGAUGAUAAUCACUGGGGAGUGGAUGUUGGGACAUUGUAAAACGUAUGCGAAGAAACAUUUUAGCAGAUUUUAUUUUACUGGUUUAAAAAAAAAAAAAAUCUGUGCUUUCAGCAUGGAAAGAAAGCCAUGACGAUGAGGAGUUUUGCUAUAAAUCUAACUCCACCUGCUUUACCUCACCCCUCCCCUUGGUGUUUAAAUUUUAAGCCCACAUUAGCAAUUACACCCAGUGAAGCACGCAAACCGCACCAGUGCCAAAGUCUGACACGAUAGGCACCGAGCCAACAAUGACGGCAGGCCUCCCUUCACAGCUGAUGUCAUUGGAGUUAGAGGUGAAGCCUUUUUUUUUCUGUUCUCAUGGAAAAAGAAAAAAAAAAAACAGAAAAAAACUCCCUAGAUUGACCCUAUAAGCUUCAGCUCAGCGCUGAUUGAAUCAAAGGUACUGUUUAUGUGAUAGCAAAUAGCUGUGUUAAGUGUCAGCUCGCAUGCACUGAUUGCAUGAUUGAUUCAUGUGAUAGCGGGUCCCGCCUGCAGUGAGGCUUCGACGAACUACUACUACUACUACUACUACUGCAGGAGUUAUCACGUGUUCGCUGCCUGUUUCAUCCUGCAGGAGCAUGAAGCUGCAAAUGCCCGUCUAUUUAAAGCUGUUGGCAGAAACACGGAGCCCUGCCAAAAAAUAUUCACACCGAGGGAUAUAAUUUCCACAUUUCAACCACGAUCUUCUGCCUCUUUUAUUGGGAGUGUUAUAAACCAACACAUUGUGACUUGGAUUUGUCAAGUGGAUCAAAAUAAGCUGGUUUUCAACCUUUUUUAUUUAUUUUAAAUCUGUAUUUAACAUCAUCCUGAAAAACACUAUCUGCAUCCUGAAGCACGGUGGUGGAAGUGUCAUCCUUUAUUUCCAUUGGGGAAGCUAUAAAUGUAAAUAAAAGACAGAUAUUCGUCCUGUACGGUAUAGAUCUAGCCUUGGUGGUGGGAAAGAAAAUGCAAAAAAAAGAAAAGGGAACUAAAUAAUAAUUGAUAAUUGAACUUUAUUAAUCUGACAUUGGAGAAACUAACCUUUGCAUUUAAUCCAUCCCCUUGGGGAGCAGUGUGACAUGGAAUGAUGGGAGGGUAUAAUCUGCUUUAUGUGACUUGCAUCAUCCCCACUCAUAAACAUGGUGGUGGCUGCAUUAUGUUUAAUAGAUUCUGGGUUUUAAACAUAAAGUAUAGCAGAUUCCACUUCUUUGCACUUUUUUCCUGAUGGUCAAUCACAUAUAAUCCUAU